GUCUUAAUGUGACUCCUUUUCCUUCUCCAGAAACUGGGAAUAAAGUUCGCAUAAACGUUAUUCUUUUUUUUUCCUGUUAUGAGUCGUUCUUUAGUCUCGGGAGGAAACUCGGUUUUAUCCCCUCCCUUUCUAUCUCACGUUGCAAGAAAGACAAGCGUUAUUUCAGCUAGAGGCCUUGCUUCUAUGCCACCAACAGAGCCUAGUACUUUGGGUGGUAUUGUAGCUACUAUUGCAGAAAGGCUGGGUAUAGGAGAGUUAGCUACGGGUGGGCUGCAACUAGCUGUUAUUGGAGGUGUUUUGGCAGGAUUUCGAUACUUUGGUGUGUAUUUUAUUGACUACCUCAAGAAGAAAGCCAUUGUUACAGCAGACUUUGAUAGUCGAGAUGAAUCUUAUAGUUGGAUUUUGAAUUGGUUAAGUGAACAGCCUUAUAGUAGAAAUACAUCUCGGUUCUCUGUAUCCACCAGUAUUUUACGUGCUGGACAACGGUUACCAGGAGAAGGCCUUGAUGCAAUGUUGCCGCCUAUUUAUUUUCUACCGUCUCCAGGUACUCAUUUUUUUACUUAUCAAAAUCGUUUGGUUUGGAUGACUCGAGAACGACCAGGCGCAUCCUCACCUGCAGCUGCAGCAGUAGCCAAUUCAAGUGCCGUACUUGAAAGAAUACAGAUCAGUACAUUAGGACAAUCAAGAAAACUUUUGCAAGACUUGGUUUAUGAAGCACAAAAGAAAUUCAUUGAUCGUGACAAGAGCAGAACCGUUGUAUUUGCAGCGGAUCAGUAUGGUGCCUGGAGAAGAACAAGGUCAAGGCCUAAGCGGCCUCUUAGUACCAUUGUCAUCCCGAGUAAUGUAAAGACCAAACUUGUGAUUGAUGCACAAGAUUUUAUUACCUCGGAGCAAUGGUAUAGUGAUCGUGGUAUUCCUUAUCGAAGAGGAUAUUUGCUUUAUGGAACACCUGGUUCAGGAAAAACAAGUUUUGUCUAUUCAUUAGCAGGUGAACUUGGACUAAAUAUCUAUGUGGUGAAUUUAAGCAACAAGAGCUUGACAGACGAUACACUCAAUGAACUUGUAUCAGAUACACCAAGUAGAUGUAUACUGUUAUUAGAAGACAUUGAUGCUGCAUUUAUCCAAAGAACAAAAGGGGAUACUACUAGUACAAACAACAUCACGUUUUCAGGGUUGCUAAAUGCUAUUGAUGGUGUUGCUGCACAAGAAGGUCGUAUUUUGUGUAUGACUACAAACCAUAUUGAUCGACUUGAUGAUGCCUUAAUACGUCCUGGUCGUAUUGAUGUUCGUAUUCAUUUUGGUCAUGCUACUCGUAAUCAAGCACAUGAGCUCUUUACUAAAUUCUAUCCUGGCUUGCCUAGAGACUCUACACUUCCGUCUGAAUUCGCCUCUAAAGUCCCUGAAAAUACAUUCAGUAUGGCUCAUCUUCAAGGAUUUCUUAUGGGACACAAACAAAAACCCAAAGAAGCUGUUGAACUUGUAAGCAAUUGGAUUGAAUCACAUGAAAAAGGUUCAAACGAUGCUUCUACAGAAGAAGAUCCACGCCAUUCUAGUGUUGAAGAUUUAUAAUA